AUGGGAGACUAUCAAGAAUCAGUACAGGCCGAGCCGUGGCACAUGGUAGGUCUGGCCUCGGCGUUCCCAGAUAUCAGCCAGGAUAAUGAGCGCUGUCAUAUUCUACCAGCCUGCAAAACAAUGAGCAUUCCUAGAGCAAAUGGGGACGGACAAUCAGGAAAUCGAUUCUCGAAUCUGAGUGAUCAGGUGCUUGUGUUCAAAUACAAAGGCUUCCUGCACGCCAUCGACAAUCAAUGCCCACACUCAUCCUUUCCGCUGAAACAAGGCAAUGUUUUUGAUAUCGAAGACAUGGGAACGCCACAUGGUGCUGGGAUUCGAUGCUUCAGGCAUGGCUGGAAAUUCGACCUUUUCUCUGGCCAAGGAGACCGUGGUCCCCACAAGCUGAAUCUCUGGGAUAUCGAACUGCGACAACCUUCACCAUCCAGUGCUGGCGAUACUCCUGCGUGUACCGAUCAGGAGGUCUGGGUUAGAAGACCGCCACAGACCCAGAAGUAG